AUGGGCGCUUGUGACGGGCGGGAGAGAGAAUCGCGUUUCCUUUUUCCCCCGGCCUCUCCUCGUUUCCCUCUCUUUCUUUUCCUCGCUCCCGUUUUGCACACACGGUUUCCUAUUACGCUGCGGUACUUCCUAUCUUUACAGGGGUCGAGAGCAGCACGCGCUGUGAUCCGCCAGAAAAUGAGGACUGCCACGGCAGCAACUAUCCUGCUGCUAUCAGCAGCGUCAGGGCUGUUUGUGUCGGCGCAGAGCGAUGGUCCGUCUCAGUUCUCGAGUUUCUUAUACCCAGUGCAGGAUGAUGAUUCGGAAACCUACCACUUUAUGGACACGGUGAAUGUCCAGUACAUUAGUAGCUUCACCAGGGGCACUCUGUGGACGUUCUGCAAGCCCGGUAUAGGAGAGACGCAAUUCAUCCAAGAGGCACCCGGCUUCAACGCUACUGUGCCCGUCCUUCUCAAUCUCACCUCGGCUACGCCGUGCUGGUUCAAUCUUAGAAGCCCAGAUGAGAAGUAUGGUGCCAAUAGCCAAACGUUCAACGUUAUCGGCCAAGAGCGUAAGGGAGGGAGCAAGACGUUUGGGUUGGGAAAUCCGCCGUCGAAAGAGUCCGCGUCGCCAAGUCAAACUCAAACGCAAACACAAACGACAACCUCCACGUCGACUUCCACAAGUGCGAGUUCAACGACCCAGUCAUCGACAACCCAGACUGAUGCUGCCGCCAACCAAACUGGUGACAGUUCACCGACACCGACAAGCGGAAGUGUCCAACCGAGUUCGAAUGAUGCUCCGAGUUCAGGUCUUAGCGCAGGGGCAUCGGCGGGUAUGGCUGUCGGCGUGACGGUGGCAGUUAUUGCCGUGGGAGCUGGCGCGUUCUGGCUCUGGAGGCGCAAAAGGAGAGGCGGGAAACUUCCAGUGGAAGACUACCAACAACCACCAACAGGGCCCUAUGGGAACGGUGAUGUCUAUGCCAAAGUUGGAUCUCCGCCAAAUUAUGCGACAGCUCUAGGUCCUGCGACUCAUCAUUCCUAUCAGCAAUAUCCACAGCAUCAGUUUGGUGGGGAGUUGGGAACAGCAAACUCUCCGAUGGAGAUGGGGGGAACAAAUGUGUGGCCUGCGAAUGGCCUUGGGGGGCGGGCGCAUGAGAUGGCUGGCUGA